GGCCCUGCAGGAAUGUGGGCGGAUGGUGACCACAGGCGGGUCCCAGGGGACAAGGAGCCCCAGCAGCACUCCCGCCCUGGGCACCGAGGCGCCCGCACCAUGCUCCCGCUGCUCCUCCUGCUCCUGCCCGCCGCCCGCGGCACCGUAGUCACGGUGGGGCCCGAGCCAGCCCUGACCAAGGAUCCCCAGCUGGAGGGGGUGACCACAGCCUCCACCUUCGUGCUGGACCAGCCCCGCUGCGUCUUCCAAAACUACAGCGACGCCGUCAUCUGGCUGGUGGUGACCAAUGACAAGGAUGCCUUCUACAACAAUGCCACACCAGGGACUCCCGAGACCGCAUUCCAGAACUUCCCUGACAAGGUCUCUGCCUACAUGACCCUCAAUGUCACCCUGCCCAGCUACCCCUGCCCCAGACCCGCCGGGGACAUCACGGUGCUGCGUGUGGGCAGCGAGACCAGCUGUGCAAAGGAUAUGUCAAGACCCACGUGCAAUGGCCCCCUGCCCGGCCCCGGGCCGUACUGGGUGAAGUUCCUUGCCCUGAAUGACUCUGGGCCCGUGGCUGAGACAAGCUGGUCGAUGCCAAUCAUGCUGAGGACAGCCCAGCCAGCCAGCAACAUCUCCACGGGCAGCGGGUACAGGGACGGCAUGAUCGCCAUCACCACCAUCCUCUCCAUCCUCUUCGCCAUCCUCCUGGCGGCCCUGCUGGCCAUGCUCGUCUUCUGCGGCUCGGAGUCCUGCGGCAGCAGCACCUUCAGCAAGGCGGAGUCGGUGUCGGUGCGGCGCUACAACACCCACCACGUCUAUGACCAGCCCUGCGCCCGGCUCUGAGCCCCCGGCGGGGUGCCACCUCGGCCCGGUCACAGCGCCCUUACGGGGUGUCCUUGUGUCACCUGGGGGGUGUUAGCAACCUGCCCGGCCAAGGGAAAUCAAACAAAUCCAGCCAUGAAUCCUGCCGGGAUCCGCGUGGAGGGAUGGAUCCACCCAGCAAACGCGGCUCCCCUCCGCCCUACACCCCCAAAUAAAGCACCUGCUUCUCCUGCAAGGGGCUCUG